GCCCGGUGCGCGUGAAGGAUGGAGUCCCUUGCUCAGCGUCAAUGGAUCGCUCAAAGAACGAUUGGACAGACAGAUUUAAUUUCGGAGAAAUUGCAUUCAGAAGUGGUUCUAUUUCGGUUCUUCACUGGAGAAGCUUAACAGAUCUUCAACACUCAUGGCAUUGUUAGGCAGCACUGAAUGGCUCUGGAAUGACUCAGACCAUUCUCUCACCCUUGGGGAAAACUCAAGCCUGGCACCAGGCAUAGAAGAAGGGAAGAUAAAUUACUAUGCCAUGUUGUAUUCCCUACUUAUUCUGGCUAUUGUCUUUGGGAACGUUCUUGUGUGUGUAGCUGUACUUCGAGAGAGGGCUCUCCAGACCACCACAAACUACCUGGUGGUCAGCCUGGCAGUAGCUGAUCUUUUGGUUGCCUCCCUGGUCAUGCCCUGGGCUGUCUAUUUAGAAGUAGUUGGUGGAGCUUGGCUCUUCAGUCGCUUGUACUGCAAUGUGUUUGUGACCCUGGAUGUGAUGAUGUGUACCGCAAGCAUACUCAACCUGUGUGCCAUCAGCAUUGACAGGUAUACAGCUGUGGUGAUGCCAGUGCUGUACAACACCACACAAAGUUCCCGUAAAAGAGUUUCAGUCAUGAUUGCUACAGUUUGGUUCCUUGCCUUCGCAGUCUCCUGCCCCCUACUGUUUGGAUUCAACACUUCAGAUGACCCUUCAGUCUGUUCGAUUUCAAAUCCCAAUUUUGUCAUCUACUCCUCUGUGGUGUCGUUUUACUUGCCUUUCGUGGUGACCCUUCUGGUCUACGUGCGCAUCUACAUCUUCCUUAGAAGGCGAAGAAAGAGAAUCACCUUCCGUCAAGGCAGUGGCAAAGUUCAACCAGCAUCUGCACCACCAUCAGUGGAAACAGGUUUACAAGAUGGCACUCUCAAAGAGAAACAAGACCUCUCCCCCAUCAGGAUCAACGUGAUAAAUGAAACCACAGAGCAGGUGAUCCAUUCCCGGCUCCUCGGCAGCUGCCUGUGGCGUAAGCAGCCUCAAACCAUCCCUGCCGAGAACUCACUGCUGCCUCCUGUGGUCACACUGAACUACUGCAGCAUUAGCCAGGCAUCCUUUGCUCGCACUGAGCAAGAGCCAAACUGUGAGGAAGAGGAGGCUGAUGAAGAGGAGCAGGUGACGAUAAGGAGCUGUGAGGUGAAGAAGAUGUCAAAUGGACAUACACACACCACUCUCCACCCACCACGGCCCACUCAUGUCACGGUGUGCCCCAGUCAGGUUCGCUGUAGGAGUAUGCACUCCAAGGAGAAGAAAGCCACACAGAUGUUGACCAUCGUUCUGGGGGUCUUUCUUAUUUGCUGGCUGCCGUUCUUUGUGACUCAUAUCCUAUAUACUCACUGCAAGGCAUGCCGUGUUUCACCUGAGCUCUAUAGCGCUUUCACCUGGCUUGGCUACGUCAACAGCGCGCUCAAUCCAGUCAUCUACACAACUUUUAACAUUGAGUUCCGCCGGGCCUUUAUUAAAAUCCUGAGCUGCUAAACUAUUGGCCAUACUCCCAUCCAUUUCUCAAUAGACUGGAUAGCAUCUAGACCAGAGGUUUUCUGCAUUUCAGGGGAGGCGUGAAGAGUGGUAAAAUGUUUUAUUAAAUAAUAUGUGUGUAUAUAUAUAUAUGUGUGUGUGUGUGUGUGUGUGUGUGUGUAUGUAUGUA